GGCGAAAGGGAAGCGAGUCGCUAUGCACUCGAUCGUAGAUGCAACUCUCCUUGUUACCAGCGAAGUCAAACGGAAGGCUGAAGAGUGAAGACCUGAUGAUCCCCAGUGAUUAUUCCGGCGUGACAGACAGACAGACAGACAGUGUACGUGUAGUCUACGUGUGAGCAUGAUUUAGGCAAGCCAACAGGCAACACCAUCUCUGUCAAUUCCCCAUUUCGAAAUAUCGCGCAGAUUUGUCGCAGUAGAAACGCCUGGUGGUGUUCGUUCGGUCUUCACAAAACUCCUUAGCUCAGAAGUCAGAUCGGCUGCACAAGAGCUGACAACAGUUCAAGAAAGAUCCGAGAGAGUCGUCUAGCGCUAUCAAGUACUUCUAUCACUAGUAGAUCUACCAGAACCGUUCACGUAGUAGAUCUUUGCAGUCGUGGUGUUCAAGAUGAGCUGGCAGACCUACGUCGACUCUAGCCUGAUGCAGUCCAAAGCAGUAGCGGCUGCAUCUAUUCACGGUUUGGACGGCACGGCUUGGGCAAGAUCGCCUGGAUUCAGCAGUACACCUGAGGAAGUCACGAAAAUCCUCUCGAACAUGGCCAAGGAGAGCCCAAUGGACUUUUACAGCCAUGGCGUGACAGUCAACGGUGUGAAGUACACGUUUGUAAAAAAAGGAGAGCACACAAUAUAUGGCAGAGGCAAGGAAAACAGUGGCGUCUGUAUAUGCACAACGAACAAGUGCGUUGUUGUCGCUGUCUACUCAAAUGGAAUGCAGCCGGGGUCCUGCAACGCUGUUGUCGAGAAGCUGGGAGACUUCCUGCGCGAGGCAAACUACUAGACGUCGCGUUCUGCAUGGGUUUAGCAAAGUUUCACAUCUCUGUCAAGAUUGCUGAGUACAAAGGCGGAGCCAAUCCCACAACCUGUCAGUGGCCACUUGCCAAGUUAGGCCCUAUCAAUUUGUGGCUAGUCAUGAUGAUUAUUUUCCAAUUGCUAGUAACAUUCCUAAUGUAGUCUGUUUCUGGUGACCAAUAAACCCUGCAUAAUGCCGCACUAGUAAUGACAAACUGUAACUCUUUGACCUAUCUACAAUUGUACCUGAUGGGGCUUUUCCUACCCCCUGUACCCCCCCCCCCCGCCCUGAAGAUUCUUCCCAGUAUUGUAAAUUCUCCUCUAUCUACACAAUCAUAUGAUCAGUCCUCGGUUUUAGGAUGACAAAAGGUGUGUAUAUAAUAUUUUUGAAUAAUUAUGCCCCGCCGGUGGCUGCUGAACAGCAUCUACACUAUAUUCUAAAAACAAGUGUGCAACAGUUACUAUUGAAGUACUCGAUGAA